AUGGAAACAAGCAAUGGAAGUUCCGGGACAGACUUCAUCCUUCUAGGGUUUUCUGAUCAACCACAGUUAGAACGCAUCAUCUCUGCAGUUGUCUUCAUCUUCUAUGUCGUGACUUUGGUAGGAAACACAACCAUCAUUCUUGUGUCUUAUCUGGAUGCCCAGCUCCAUACUCCCAUGUAUUUCUUCUUAUCCAAUCUGUCUUUUGUGGACCUCUGUUAUACAACUAGCAUUAUCCCCCAGAUGCUGGUAAAUCUAUGGGGUCCAAAGAAAUCUAUUACAUAUGGAGGGUGUGUGCUCCAGUUCUUCUUUGCCCUUGUCUUUGCAGCCACAGAAUGUCUUCUCUUGACUGUGAUGGCUUAUGACCGCUAUGCUGCUGUCUGUCAACCUCUUCACUACACAGUAAUCAUGCACCCUCAGCUAUGCCAGAGGAUGGUGCUGACUGCCUGGAUGGGUGGUCUUGGCAGUGCCUUAAUUGUUUGUUCCCUGACUUUGAAGUUGCCAAGAUGUGGGCACAGGAAAGUGGAUAAUUUUCUCUGUGAGGGGCCAGCCUUGAUCAAGAUGGCUUGUGUUUAUUCAAAAGUAAUUGAGAUUUUUGCCUUUGUUUUUGGCACAGUACUUCUUCUAGUACCUCUAUCACUAAUUCUCAUCUCCUAUGGAGUCAUCACUCACGUUGUAAUUAGAAUCAGGUCAACCUCAAGGUGGCAAAAGAUCCUCAGUACAUGUGGUUCCCACCUCACAGUCGUAAAUCUCUUUUAUGGACCAGUUAUUUAUAUUUACAUCAGACCACAGAAUACCACAUAUAAAAAUGAAGGGAAAUUCCUUGCUCUUUUUUACACAAUUGUCACUCCCAGCUUAAACCCUCUGAUCUACACUUUAAGAAACAAAGAUGUUAAAAGUGCAGUAAAGAUUCUAUUGGGGAUUGAAACUGUUAAACAAAGUCAUAUUAUACGGAAAACUAAAUUAAACUGUAGAGAGUUAAAAAAAUAUUGGCCUUUAUCACCAGAACCUGAAUCAAUUCACUUAUUCAAAAACCACUUAUUUAUUCACCACUCAGAAUUUGACUUGGUGCAGUUUCUAACUUUAUUUAUAGAUAAUAGAGAAAACAGUAAGAACAGAUACAAAUGCAUAAAUAAAGCACAGUUCAUGAAUUUGUAA